GUCUCUAACUUCAAGUCUUGCCGAUCCCCAAGGAAGGCUGCACUGACGUGUUGAGCUUCCAAGUGAGCUCAACCUCGAUGAAUUUAGCUUUUCUCUUCUUAUCUCGCAACCCUUUUCCCCAACUCGAAUAAACCUAGAUAUCAUCAGAAGCGACCAUGUAGCCCUUGCGGCGUCGUCGCUGGCCAUUCUUCGCUUCGAGAUAUUGAAUAUAGUCUCAAGUUCCAGAUAGUACUAUCACCAUGGCGUCCCCUUCAUCCGCAGCCUCGUCAUCUCCACGGGGCUCCCCCCCAUCUUCACCGCAUGGCGACCACCAAGACGCCGAUUCCACCCCCGUCGAGACCCUCGUUCAGCAUUUGCUUGAAGCUAAGCGGUCGCUAUCAUCCAUGGGCCAGGUCCUACGGGCAAACGAGAUCGUGACAGCAGCUCGACAAGCCCACACGGAAUCCGUCAUCCUCGGAGCCCAGGCCCAGUUCCUGCGUCGCGGCAUCAACGACCAGAUCCGCCUGCUCCUGAGAGCCCGCCGUAGCAUGAACAGAACCUAUGACAGCGGCAAGCGCGAGUUCAAACAAGUCAUCAAGAAUCUCGAUGUCGCAAACGGCCAGUUGGAAACUACCAUGGCGGUCCUGACGGAACAGACUGUCGAAAGCGCCUUCAGGCCGAGAGGUGAGGACAGAAAGAAUCUGCUGGACUUUGUAGAUGUGGUCCAGGUCGACACGAUGCACAGUGCCUUGAAAGACAACAUCGCCGCACUACAGAGUACACAGACUUCAUUCGACGGUGAUCUGUUACGAUUCGAUACCGAUCUUCGGACGCUCAACAAGACCAUCUCCUCCGCGCCUUCGCCGCCGUCACCCUCUGCCUCCAACGCCUACCCUCCUGUCCCGCUUCUGUUGGCAUCUCUGAUGGAGAGCUCUCAUGAGAUGGCUGAGCUCCUGGCCUCUCUCACGACCCAUUUCGAUCUCUGCGUCACUGCUGUGCGGAUGACCGACGGAGGUGCAGCUUUGGCAAGAAGGAAAGCCGCAGAAGCAUCGCAAUCCCAAGGCGAUGUCAAUGCUGUCUCCAUAUCCGGUGUCAUUGCGGAACAAGAGUCACACAUGGCCGACGAAGACCCAAUCUCCGCAGAAGAGCGCACGGGAAUGCUCCAGAUCGUUGUGCAGGACGCCUCCGAGGUGCCUGACGUGGUCCAAGAGAUCAACGAACGGCUUAGUAGCAUGGAAGAAGAGUAUUGCCACUUGGUCGAACAGACCGAUCAAGUGAAGGCUACCUAUACAACGACCAUCGAUGCCUUUCGAGUGCUUGAAGACAUUGGGACCCGAUUCCGAAGUUACAUCGCCGCCGAAACCGAGUUCCGCGAGCGGUGGGUUGCAGAGCAUGAUACUAUCAGUAUCAAGAUGGACGAGAUGGAGGAGCUAAGGCUAUUCUACGAGAACUACGCCAAUGCAUACGACAGCCUGCUUUUGGAAGUUGAGCGACGAAGAGCACAAGAAGAGCGAGUCCUAAGUGUCUGGCGGAAAGCCAAGGAUAGUGUGGACAAGAUUAUUGAAGCGGACCGGAAACAACGGGAGACGUUCAGGCAUGAUGUUGCCGAGUACAUACCUACCGAUUUGUGGCCGGGAAUGGACGGUCCCAUCAAGAGGUGGGAAGUUUUACCAGUUGCAAACGGCCCAAAUGAAGAGGGUGGAUCUACUAGUACACCGGCGCUUGACAAGAGUACUGUGCAGGCUGCUGCUGCGAGGCUUGGGCGUAAUUUGGGCGAUCGGCAAUGAUGAGGGCGUAUCUGCAUGCAUUGGGCUUAUUAGCAGGCGUUGUGGUCCAGUCACAACUUGACUCCUAUGGCGUUGGGAUAUUGGUGUUAUGUGAGUUAUGUACAGGUCGUCUCUGUUUUUGUGUCUUGGUAGGGUUGGAUCGCUUGUUUAUGGUUCGGUUGCACUCCAAUUCAAGAAGUUUCGCCUCAUAAUUGAUUAUAGUUGAAGCCGAUAAAUUCAUUGCAAACGCACACACUCAAAGAAGAACUCGGACAAUUUCAAGGACGAAGAGACCCUAGACUUUGUGGUUCAGAGUGUGGGGCUCUCGAUACUUGAGAAACAUGAUGCGUGAAAGAAGCAUUAAUUUCCAGCAAACAACCAAGUGCAUCUCAAUCAGUAUGUAGCGAGUACGUGGUGAGUAACCAGCUAAAUAAUACAUACAUAUAUUGAGUGGUGAAUCUGGUC